UUUCACUGUCACCCUACCUCACAGGCCUCAUAAAUCAUUCAGCAAGCCAUUGAAAGUUAUGCAGACUAACUAGCCCCUCUACUUACCUUGCAGCUCUGUCUGCCAACAGACAGAUCAGGCCAUGUGUACAAGACUACAGCAGACAGGAGAUCAAGGGAGUGAGGUUGCUGCUGCAUUUUCAUAACUACUUUCUUGGCUAUGACCAAAACAAGGCAGGCAACCAAAAGACUAUUUACAGAUCCUGGAUGAAGAAUUAAAAAUGUCUCCCUGAGUCUGGAAAAGAGCUGGGUUACUUGGGCACCAGUCCUUUACUUCGGCAGGUGCACAUAUUAACCAUGCUAAGGACAUGCAGACACAAGAGUUUUGGGUGUGUGUGGUGGCUAAGUGCUGUUCUCCUUACUCUGGUUCAUGGAAGCAACUUGAGUCAACAAUUCCAGGAGAGGCUACCUUGCCGGCCAGGUUUUUACUGCCCCUUGGGGAGCUUCACUCCAUUCCCCUGUCCCAAGGGAACCUAUGGGUCAACUGCUGGUGCUAUGUCCAUUGACAGCUGUCUGAAGUGUCCUCCUCACCACUACUGUCCCAGACCAGGUCUGUCUGCCUCCCUGCCCUGUGGCCCUGUGGCUCAGCAGCCUCUGUCUGGUCAGGACACCUGCAUCUGCCUGGGAGAGGGACAGACUUUCCAGACCAGUGAUGGGCUGUGCCUCUGCACCAUCGGCUACCAACCUACCAACAACAGAGAUGCGUGUGUUCACAAACUGUACGCUGUUUGCAGAGACGGAAAAACACGUACACAGUAUGGAGACUGUCUGGACAGAUAUCAGUGGUCACUUCACUGCAGGCAGCAGGUGUGUCAAUCUGCAGAAGAUUUCCGGGGUUACGAUGGAGAGUUGGGUCUGUGUGUUUGCAGAGAGCCUCCUGGAAGAGCUGCAUGUGGAGGCCUUUGUAGGAAAAGGCCAGCUGCUGAGCUGAAGCUCCACUGCUUGUCCAAUAGAGAAAUGGAGCUGGUGUGGAGCGAUGGCAGUCAGCCCAUACAGUAUUUUCAAGCAUAA